CUGUUGCGUACUAAGAAAAAAAAAAAACCAUUAGAGCUGUCUUCCUUCUUCAAUUUUCUCUCUCAUUUAUAUAUAGCCAUAUAUAUACAAACAUGACAACUGUAUAGAUCUAUAUAUAUAUAAACAUACUACACAACAUUUGUUUAAGGAGAGGAGAAAAGGGAUCAAUUUCUCAGAAUCUGAGAAAAAGAUGACAGGUUACGUCGAUGAAGAAUCAGCGACAAAGUCUCAUUCUCACAUCGACGUAACUGGUGUAGAAGAUGAAGGAAUAGAAGAAAGCCCAAUUGAACAAGUUAGGCUUACAGUUUCAACUGAUGAUGAUCCUUCUUUACCUGCUUUGACAUUCAGAACAUGGUUUCUUGGCAUAUUAUCAUGUGUUCUUCUUGCUUUUGUUAAUCAAUUUUUCGGGUAUCGACAGAAUCAGCUCUAUGUUUCAUCUGUUUCUGCUCAGAUUCUUGUUUUGCCAAUUGGCAAGUUAAUGGCUGCAACUCUACCGAAAAAGGCGGUGUCUUUACCGUUCACCGGUUGGACAUUUUCGCUUAAUCCCGGGCCAUUUAAUCUUAAGGAGCAUGUGCUUAUUACUAUCUUUGCUAAUUCUGGUGCUAAUGGUGUUUAUGCUGUUAGUAUUAUUACAAUUGUUAAGGCUUUUUAUAGAAGGAGUCUUCAUCCUCUUGCUGCUUUUCUUCUCUCCCAAACAACUCAGAUGCUUGGUUAUGGUUGGGCUGGUUUGUUUAGAAGAUAUCUUGUUGAUUCUCCAUACAUGUGGUGGCCUGCAAACCUUGUUCAAGUCUCUCUUUUUAGGGCAUUGCAUGAAAAGGAAAAGAGGCCUAAAGGAGGACACACAAGGCUACAAUUCUUCUUCUUGGUUUUCAUAUCAAGUUUUGCAUAUUACACAAUUCCAGCCUAUCUUUUCCCUUCAAUAGCUUACAUCUCCUUUGUUUGUUUGAUAUGGAAGAAUUCUGUGACCGCGCAACAGAUUGGUUCGGGGAUCAAAGGGCUCGGUGUUGGCUCGUUCGGCCUUGAUUGGUCGACGGUUGCAGGGUUUCUUGGAAGCCCUUUAGCCACACCGGGUUUCGCCAUCAUUAACAUCUUAGUUGGAUUUUUCUUGUUUGUUUAUGUUGUUAAUCCCAUUGCUUAUUGGUCUAAUUGGUAUGAAGCAAAGAGGUUCCCAAUCUUUUCAUCUCAUACAUUUGACUCAACUGGUCAACCUUUCAACAUUUCAAGAAUUUUGAAUGAGAAAAAUUUCACCAUUGAUCUUGAUUCUUACAACAGUUAUAGCAAACUCUAUUUGAGUGUGUUCUUUGCACUAAGUUAUGGCUUGAGUUUUGCUACUUUAAUGGCUACAAUCUCACAUGUUGCUCUCUUCCAUGGAAAAACAAUUUGGACAAUGUGGAGUAAAACCAAAGCUGAGAAAUCUAAAAAAGCUACUGAUAUACAUUCAAGAUUGAUGCAGAACUAUGCUGCUGUACCAGAUUGGUGGUUCUAUUCAAUUUUGAUUAGUACAUUUGCUCUUUCAAUUUUUGCUUGUGAAGGUUUUGGUAAACAACUUCAACUACCUUGGUGGGGUCUUUUAAUGGCUUGUGGUAUUGCAUUUUUCUUCACUUUACCAAUUGGGAUUAUUCAAGCCACAACAAACAUGCAACCAGGGCUUAAUGUCAUUACAGAGUUAAUCAUUGGUUACAUUUACCCUGGAAAACCUUUAGCCAAUGUGGCCUUUAAAACCUAUGGCUAUAUAAGUAUGACACAAGCUCUUAUGUUCCUUGGUGAUUUCAAAUUAGGGCAUUACAUGAAAAUCCCACCGAAAUCGAUGUUCCUUGUUCAGCUAGUUGGGACGGUGAUAGGCUCGAGUGUCUACUUUGCCACGGCAUGGUGGUUACUCUCAACCGUCGAUCACAUUUGCGAUACAAAUUUUUUACCCGAAGGGAGUCCUUGGACAUGUCCCGGUGAUGAUGUUUUCUACAGCGCCUCAAUCAUUUGGGGCGUUGUAGGACCCUUAAGAAUGUUCACCAAACAAGGGGUUUACCCCGAAAUGAAUUGGUUUUUUCUCAUUGGAUUACUAGCGCCCGUCCCAGUGUGGCUCUUAUCGAGAAAAUACCCGAACAAGAAGUGGAUUCUUCUCAUCAACAUGCCAAUCAUACUCGGGGCAACGGGGUCUAUGCCACCUGCCCGAGCUGCAAACUACAUAACAUGGGGAGCUGUUGGGAUUUUCUUCAAUUUCUAUAUCUACAAAAGGUAUAAAGGUUGGUGGGCAAGACAUAACUAUAUCUUAUCAGCUGCACUUGAUGCUGGGGUUGCUUUUAUGGGAAUACUUCUUUACUUUUCACUUCAAACCUAUGAUGUUUUUGGCCCAAGUUGGUGGGGUUUGGAGUCUGAUGAUCAUUGUCCUUUGGCUAAGUGUCCAACUGCUCCUGGUGUUGUUGUAGAUGGUUGUCCUGUUUUCUGAUCUCAAUUACUACUUCAAUCAUUAAAUUGUGUGUGUGUUUUUUUUAUUCUUUUUAAGUUUGUACAGUUUUUUUUUUUAAGUUAUUUAUUGUUAUUUUAUGGUUGUUAAUGGUGUUUAAGAUGAUUGUGUAAUGAAGAUGUGCAUUUGUUUA